CUAGCAGCCUUCAAUUCUCGAAACAGCAAGUCCCGGGCCCCUAUUUAAUUUUUGUAUCAGACUCGGACGACGCCACCUAUCUUCGACAUCUUCAACAUCUCCAUAUCCAUUCCCGUCAAUGGUCGGACCAGCACGCGCAGCAUGACCCGCGCAAUUUGGCUCGAUGGCCUGCGGGGCAUUGCUGCGGCCAUUGUUGCGACGGACCACUACUUCAUGGGCGCCAUUUUGCACGCCGGCUUCAGGUCCUUCUGGGCAGAUCCGCCUGAGGAGAAUCGUCGACUGUAUCAGCUGCCGCCCUUCCGCCUGGUCUUUGCUGCGCACGCCAUGGUGCCCCUGUUCUUUGUAAUCUCAGGUUAUGCCAUCUCAAUCAAUCUCAUCCGACUGAGGGCCAGCAAUAACAACGAGGGGUUCCUUCGCCGACUGUCUUCGGCAGUCACACGCCGCGGCUUGCGCAUCUAUCUACCCGUGUUCUGCAUCACAGUUAUUUCACAGAUCCUCUUCUUCCUCAAUCUCUUUCAAUGGGAACCCUCAGAUGAUAUUGUAUGGGGUCGGAAACCCUGGACUGCACCAUGGUUCCACGUUGAGUUCGUUGCUCGGUACAUGCUCGACAACAUCAACAUCCUCGCCAUCCAAUACAACGGUGGUCUUAAUGGCCAGCUUUGGACUAUGGCUCUCGAGUUCCGCGGGUCUUGCGUUGUGUAUCUCCUCCUUCUGGGUCUGGCGUUUUGGAAGCCGAGGCCCCGACUUUGGGCACUUGGAGCUUUGAUGGCAUACUGGUUCUACUUCGGGUUCUGGGAUGUACUGGGAUUUUUGGCAGGGUACUGGUUGGCCGAGUUGGAAGUCUUGUCGGAGUUGCACACUAUUAGUACCGAGACGGAGUACCCAUUCUGGCUCAAACCAUAUAUCCCAACCCGGGUGCGAUCCGUAAACUUCAGCACCAUCCGAACAUACGUCAUGUUCGUCGCCGGCAUGUGGCUUCUCUGCUUGAGCGACGACGGUGCUCUCCCGCCAGGAUACCAGUUCUUGCAGAUUGCCGAAACCUCGCGGUGGGAUGGAAAUUGGGGGAUAGUGGACAAGACGUGGAAAACGGUGGGCUCAGUGCUGGUUGUCUCUGCGAUCAGCUCCACAGAACAGCUUCAACGCCCCCUCAACUCCAAGCCAGUACAGUAUUUGGGGAGAAUAUCUUUUUCGCUAUACCUUGUACAUCAAACCAUCUACCACUUGCUCUGCGACCCUGUCAAAAAUAUCCUUUGGUUCAUAGCCACAGGAGGAUCGCAACCUGGCGAUGAUGCUGGUGAUUACAUAAUUACAUCCGCAUUCUGUUGGAUUGUGGGCUUCAUCAUCCUCUCAACAAUCAACCUGUAUACGGCAAAUGUGUACACGAGAUUCGUUGACGAGCGAUGCAUCAAACUUGCAAAGAGGUUUGACCAAUGGGUCUCCCUGUAGCUGUUAUAACAGCGACGACAGUCAAUAAGUGGCGAUCCUCAGCUACUAUACUGCUCAUAACAACUUAGUGCAUUGUUGAUCGCCGAAUACGAGAUGAAGAGUGGAAUGAAAUUACUACGGUCCAAAUUAAACCGGAACUCCGCUAAAGCUGAUGUGGCUGUUUGAAGGAGGGCUGGAGCUUGAUCGCGACGUUGCGAUGCGGUUCAGAGAGCGGAAAAGGUUUUAUUAUGGAUAAAAUUGUGUAAAUUAUGAAAUAACGAAUUAGAAGAG